GUAUAAAUUUGUCAGUUUAGUGUCUUGAAUAUCAUUGGAGAAGCUGUUCCCAUCUAUCGUGGUAAAGAAUGAAGGUUUUACUGAUUGCCCUGAUCGUGUGUGCUUCAAUUCCAGGAAAAUGGUGUCUAUCCGAUGAUAGCAAACAAAUGAUGAUGGAAAUCCACAACGCAUGUCUCGCAGAAAGUGGUGUUUCUCCUGAUAUCAUAGGAAAAAUGAUGCAAGGAGAAUUCAUUGAUGACAGCAAACUGAAAGAGCACCUGAUCUGUUUCGCGAAGAAAGAAGGGCUGAUGAAUGACUCUGGAGAUGUUAAUGAAGAGGCAGUACGAGAAAAAAUUCACGCCUACAUUAAAGAUGAAACUACAGCUAACGAAAUACUCUCGAAGUGCGUUGUGAAAAUGGCCACACCUCAAGACACUGCCUUUUGUGCAAUGAUGAAUUAUUUUAUGGAAGUCAGAUAUAUAUAG